CUUCUACCACCAUGCAUCUUACGAAUACGAGUUCAGGCCACAGUUGCCUGGACCUGCCAAGACAAUGCGGCACCUUUAUAAAUACAGCGCUUUUGCACCAUCGCGCCUCAUAGUGUCCACCAUAGCACGCUAUCAAAAUGGAUCAUCUAUCAGACAGUCCCAAAAUGGACUGCCAGGACAAGAAACGCCAGGAGAACGCGCCGCCGCUUAUUAACAAUGACCAGCAAGAUGUGAUUCAUGUUCAAGGUGAGGAGAUUGGAGACAAAACGGCGGAUACAAAGCCCGAGCAGCCUGCGUCUUUGGGCAACUACUUUAGAGUUCUUUCGUACACCACGGGGAAAGAUCGCAUUAUCCUCGCCAUGGCACUGCUCUGCGCAAUAGGAUCCGGAGUGCCACUACCCCUCAUGAAUAUAGUCUUCGGCAGCCUUGUCGGUGCAUUCAAUGGGUACUUCUCGGAAGGGACAACUGUCACAGAAUCAGAAUUCAAAUCAUCAGUAAGCAGACUAAGCUUAUACAUCGUCUAUCUCUUCAUCGGAAAAUUCACUUUGACAUAUUUUGCAAUGUACUGUUUCCGUGUUAUUGGCCUUCGUGUUUCAGCGACUUUGCGGCAGGAAUAUAUGCGCACGCUUUUCGCCCAGCCAAUCAGCAGGCUGGAUCAAGUCUCGGUCGGCACAGUCACCAACACCAUCACCACGCUCUCGAAUUCGAUCCAGCAGAGUAUUUCGGAUAAGUUGGCUAUUCUGUUCCAAUCACUCGCUUUAUUGAUCACAGCCUACAUCAUCGCCUUCAAGUAUUCGUGGGCUCUUACUCUUGUCACCAGUGCUGCGCUUCUGUUUAUCUUGGUGGUUGCCAGUGUGACGCUUCCCCUUAUCACAAAGGCCCAACAAGGUGUUGACAAGGCAGAUGAGAAACAUUCGUCCAUCGCAGCAGAAGUGCUUACCUCCAUGCGAACAGUUGUAUCUCUUGGUGCGGAAGGGCGCCUCGCCACGAAAUACGCCCUUUGGAUCGAAGAGGCGCGUAAGCGAGGGCGAGACAUGUCCCUCUUUAUCGGAGCCCAAUUCGGCUUGAUCUUCUUCGCUAUGAACUCCAGCUAUUCGUUGGCGUUCUGGUUUGGACUGAAACUAUACCGCGAGGGUCACAUAGCCAAUAUCAACACUGUAAUCACGGUAUUCUUUUCCAUCAUGAUUGCGGUCAGCGUUUUCGGAAACAUCGUUUCGCCCAUGAUGAUCGUGACCAAGGCUGCUAGUGCCGCAGGCUCGUUUUUCGAGAUGCUGGACUCCGAGAAGAUCGACACCAGCGGUCUUUGUCAUCCAGAUGUCUCGGCUCAGGCGGACAUCGUUUUCAAAGAUGUCCAUUUUUCCUAUCCUUCGCGGCCGGAUAUAAAGGCCUUACGAGGGCUGAAUCUUCGAUUUGAACAAGGGAAAACGACGGCGCUAGUAGGCCCGUCCGGCUCGGGGAAAAGUACGAUUGUCGCGCUCCUGGAGCGAUGGUAUCAGCUAAGCACUAGCGGAGAUGAUCAAGAUGCCAUCUUCGUGGGUGAACAUAACAUCAAUGACCUGGACCUGAAAUGGUGGAGGUCACAAGUGGGCCUUGUACAACAAGAACCUGUUCUGUUCAACGACACCAUCUUCAAUAAUAUUUCCUUUGGGUUGGUUGGUACGGAACGGGAACAUGAGCCCGAUGAAAUCAAGAGAAAGCUCAUCGAGAACGCAUGCAGAGAAGCUUUCGCGGAUGAGUUUAUUCGGCGUCUACCAGAGGGUUAUGACACGAUGGUUGGGGAGAACGGCACCAAAUUGAGUGGUGGCCAAAGGCAACGCCUUGCUAUAGCCCGGAGUAUUGUGAAGCAGCCGACUAUUCUGAUAUUGGACGAGGCAACUAGCGCGAUCGACGUACGCGGCGAAAAGAUUGUCCAGGCAGCCCUUGACCGGCUCUCGGAAAGUCGGACGACUAUUGUCAUCGCGCACCGAUUAUCCACCAUUCGAAAGGCGGAUCGUAUUAUUGUUAUGAAAGGCGGUGUGGACAUCGAGCAAGGCACGCAUGAGGAGCUUCUGGCCAUGGAGGAUGGAGUUUACUACAACCUUGUCAAUGCUCAGAAACUGCACCUUCUGGAGGAUGAUGAGACAGGCACCAGUGACGUCACCGAAGCACUCAUGGAAGAGCUCAAGCCGGUGGAUGACACGAGCCAGUAUAGACAGGACGAUAAGGAGCCAUGCAAGAAAGGCCGAAGCUUUUUUGGCAGCAUAGGGCUGUUCUUAUAUGAGCAGCGCGCUCAUUGGCGGUUUUAUCUUCCCGCCCUGAUGGGUGCAGCUGGCGCUGGAGCUGUGUUCCCACUGCAGAGUUGGUUGUUCGCAAAGCUUAUUGAGGUGUUUCAGUAUACCGGUCAGAGGCUGGUCCACGCAGCCAACUUCUGGGCAUUGAUGUUCUUCAUUCUGGCCCUAGGAACCGCUGUUUGUUACGGAACGGUGGGAUAUGCCGCCAAUAGAUUCUCCGUGGAAAUCUCAUCUGCAUGCAGAACGGAGUACUUUCACAACAUCGCCAACAAGCCGAUACCGUUUCACGACAGAAUUGAAAACGCCUCUGGGUCCCUUGUUUCUCGGUUAGCCACAGAUCCGAAGCAGGUUCAAGAUCUUAUCGGAAUCAAUGGUGCAUUCCCGAUGAUAUCGAUAUUCAGCAUGCUUGGCUGCAUCAUAAUCGCCUUUGUAUUCGGCUGGAAACUCAGUCUUGUUGCAGUAUUCGCAGCACUGCCAUGUACGUUUCUCGCGGCAUUCAUGCGUAUACGAUAUGAAAUGCAAUUCGAGGCAAUGAAUGCGGAGGUAUACUCGGGAAGUUCGCAGUUCGCGGCCGAGGCCAUAGACGCCUUUCGAACUGUUUCCGCAUUGACAAUGGAGAAUUUCAUCCUGGAUCGAUAUUCUGGGCUUUUACAGCAGCAGCAAUACAAAGCUUUCCGGAAGGCAUGGUAUGCCACACUUAUCUUUGCCUUUUCCGACAGUGUUGAGCUCUGUGCUAUGGCCCUCACGUUCUGGUACGGUGGUCAACUGCUCGCAUCUAGAGAAUAUCAGCCAACAUCCUUCUUCGUGAUUUACAUGGCAAUCAUCCAGGGUGGUCAGUCUGCUGGUCAAUUCUUCAGUUUUGGAUCCAACAUUGCGCAAGCAACUGCAUCCGCAAACCGUAUGUUGGACCUCCGGCCGAGUCGAGCCGAACGAGAGAUCGCUAGCCUGGGCGCAAUGAAACCAGGAUCCUUGCAAUCAGGAUCUGGAGCCAGCAUUGAACUAAACGACUUGGCAUUUAGGUAUCCCUCCCAGGACACAUCACUUUUCACGGGCCUCAAUCUCAAGAUCGAAAGUGGCCAGUUUGUUGCUUUUGUUGGGCCGUCUGGUUGUGGAAAAACAACCGUGAUAUCGUUGCUCGAGAGGUUCUACAACCCUUCGAAAGGAACUAUUCUUGUUAACGGCCAAGAUAUCCAUUCGAUCGAAGCUUCCUACUAUCGCCGCUCAAUGUCGCUGGUCGCUCAGGAGCCCCGACUGUUCGAAGGGACCAUUCGCGACAACAUCACCCUCGGACUCGACAACUCGGAAUUCACUGAGGGUGAUCUCAUUCAAUCAUGCCAGGAUGCAGAGAUCCACGACUUUAUCACUUCCCUCCCAGAAGGAUACUCAACUGACCUCGGGUUGAAAGCCCAGGCAUCGCUCAGUGGAGGCCAACGCCAACGACUUUGCAUCGCACGGGCGCUGUUGCGCAAGCCAUCGCUGCUUCUACUGGAUGAGGCAACAUCAAGUCUUGAUUCACAAUCCGAAAAGGUGGUGCAAGCCGCCCUCGAGCGCUUGGCCGCGAAAAGAAGUAUCACGAUUGUGGCGGUCGCGCAUCGGCUGGCCACCAUUCAAAAGGCAGACACGAUUUUCGUCUUUGGCGAAAGCCAGGUUGGGAAUGGAUCGCGUAUUAUUGAGCAGGGCUCGCAUCAUGAGUUGUUGCGGAGUAAGGGGAUGUAUUGGCAGAUGUGUCAGGAAAAUGCUCUUGACAAGUAGCUUCAAACUAGACAUGUUCUCUUCAUCAAUUGGCCGGAUGGUGUAGUUGGUUAUCACGUAUCGUUAACACCGAUAAGGUCCUGGGAUCGAGCCCCAGUCUGGUCAUUGUUUUUAAUUUUUCUGGGUUGCAACCCAGACCUAUCACAAAGGAUAGGCGAGUUUAUUUUUUCCUUUUGGAUUAGAGAGUUUUUAAUUCUCCUGGGGGUGUAUAGCACUUAGAAGUUGAAUACUAAUGCUGUUGCUGCGCGUGGGGGUCACCCUACCGCUAACGCUCACUAUGUCAGUCGAUCUACCUCAAGACACCCCUGGGUACGGCGGACGAUGGUACCUAGACCCAAGCCAAGUAUCAAACCUAUAAAAUUAG